UGUCAGUGUUGGACCGGUUUCACAUUGCUACAGUUUUACAGUUUUUAAAAUCCCUGGAUCAACCUGCUCUACUAACCACAGAUCCUCAGGAUUUAAUUUUAGAAACAUGGAGACAGUUUUCACGGUCCACCCUUAUCCAGCAUCAUGAUUGGAACCUCCAGUCUCUCAGGGGACACCCUCAUCGCAUGCCACUUUCCCGUGGUUCAGCUUCCCACUUGGCGACUUCCUGUCCAAGCCCUGUGCAGCUCCUCUAAGAGGCCUGGCCGGCUGUGCACGGCUGGCCUUACCCGAGCUGUGUCCCUCCCAGAACAAGAGUCCCUGAACAGAGAAAACACCUUCACCGGUGGCCGUAAACAUUUUUCCAGCAGCUACAGUAGCCUCAAUGAGGAGCGGGCGGAGGAAGAGGGGGGCAGCGACAGCAGCGGGAGGUACGAUUCCAACUCAUCACCCGAGGAAAUUAGUUCCCACCUGAAAAAGGAAAACCCUGGAGUGAAAGGCAGUCUGCGACUGCACAACUCAUUCCUUCCAAACUCAGAGCUGGAUGAGGAUGAGGAAGAUGAAGAUAGUGAUGGAGGGAAUCUACACAGAUAUCACGAGGACUCAUCUUUUGUGUUGCACGGGAAUUCAAACUGGCCUCCGAGUACUGGGGCCAGAAAUUCUACAGUUUCUGAUAGGGACUUGGAGAGUGGAUGGGGCAACGCAGGGACCAUUUUGGAGUGCUUUCAUGUUGGCAGGUCUGGCAACAUGUCGUAUGGAGAGCAGGACUCAGACAGAUUGAGGGAUAACAUGUCUUGUUGCAACCACAGCCAACAGAAAUGCUCCCCAGAGCUGUUCACAAACGGUCACACAGAGUAUGUCAGUGACUCCUCCUGUAACAGCUCUGAUGGUGUCUUGGUGAACUUCUGCACCAUCUACAACCGCAGCAACAACCCUGCCACACCUCAUGACCUCAGCAGUCCCGCACUUCAACCCUCCCAGUCAUCUGAGGGAUCUGUGUUCCUUAACCUCCAACCUGUUCCCAAGACUCCAGCUGAGAACCUCCAACAGGAUGACACAACAGUUCAGUCUCCACAAAAAGAAAAGGACAAGUUGGAGUCAAGUCCCUGGUCUCCUCAGGGAAUCGACUCUAACUGCAAUCUUUACUCCCUGGAGCCUCUGCCUCCGGGUCUUUCCUCACUGGAGGUAUCAGACCUUGCAGCCUGUCUGCAAAGCCAGGCCACUCUGACCAUGGGGACCAACCAGAAGUACUACAAGCUUGUGACUUGUGACAUUUCGUCCCAGUCGCCCAGCCCGGCUUGGUCCAGCGUCACCAGCUGCCCCGAGGGUCAGAACUCUCAGAGCAGAAGUAGCCCGGUCCCUCCCUCUGAGAUGCUUUGUGUUGAUCCAAGAAAAGAAGGCCAGCACCAUGAAAACAAGCAGGAGAAAGAAGAACAACAAAAGGAAAAGAGGCUCUCCUCUGCGCACAGCAACGCCUCCCUGUUUACAGCCUGUGAUUACCAAGAAGCCAGCACCUCCACUAAACAACCCCUCUGCAUGAAGAGAAGCACAGACAGCAUCCAAACCUUCUCCUACACUCAGUGUUCAAUGUGCCCAAGCAAGUGUAGCCCACAUAGCUGUAAAUGCCAAGGAACCAGCUCUGCAUCCGCACUGCCAUCUGUGAUUCUGGACCAGGGACACUGUGAUACUGAUGCUACUGUGUGGGGAGCAUGUUCAAUGGAAAAUGCAGUAGUUCGUUACAGCAAAGCCCAGAGACCAACCUCACUUCCCAUCCAGCCCUUUGUUCUGGUCCCUGCUGACAAACCUCAGACCCAGCACUUGGGCUGUCUUCUGGACCAGUACAUAAACCAGAAGUCCAACAAGUCCAGUAGCACCCAGUCAGGCUUCAAAUUCAAGGGUAAAAGGAGUCAGUGCUUCACUAAUCUUCAGCUGUCACCAAUGGGCAGCGCCUGCCCUGUCUUCCUGGAGGCUCCUUCGAGUUCAGAUACCUGCUCCACCUGCACGCCAAGUCCUGAAUGCUUCAGCCGUAGGCACACAUGGAGCCAGUCCAGUAGGAGCCAACUACGCCAAAGUCCAUGUACAUCAAAAAACAACCUAGAGCCAACUGACACCAGCCCAAAGCCAGACUUGGUGCAGAUUCAAGAUAAAACAAGCCCAAACUCAGGCAAAACUCAGGCCAACACACUUUUUAAAGUGACGCCAACCCUGAAUCAGCCCAGUCUUGCUAAGGUCCCCACCUAUCAGGACCUAAUUAUCCUAAACUCUGAGCAGAGCCAUGCCAACACCAAGGCCAAAAGUCCCAUUCAGUCUCAAACCUCGUACCAUUCAGUGUUCUCUAAUACACCACCCACUUUACCCCUAAUUACUGAUACCCAUCACCCAAACCUGCAGCUGUCCCUUACCCCUCCCAUACAACCACAGAAGAAAGCUGCACCUGUGGUUGACUCUGGAUUUUUUCACAGUAGUUUUACAGCUGCCCUCUCCUCAGUUGCUCCUCUCUCCUCUUUGAGCUCUCUGCUAUCGAUGGCUGCUUCAGGGCUGCACCCACAGCAAAACCCAGACUCCUCCACGCUCAGCGGGAAGUCAAGUCAGAGUCAACACAGUGAAUCUCUAAUCCUGAGUGACAAGCCGCCGGCAGAGUUCUGCCUCUCGCCUGAUACAUCUUAUGAGUCCAUGUCUAUCAGCCAUCUUCAGAGGAGAGGUUUGCUGAGAGCUGUGAGCAGGGCCGUGGAUUUGAUCAUGGCUCAUUUUGGCAGUAGCAGAGACCCUGAAGAAAAGAUGCGUCUGGGUAACAGCUCUCGCAGUCCCACAAUCGCCGGGCUGGUCCUUGAACAUUUGUGUCCAUCAAUACAGAAUAUUUUGGAAGAUGGACUCAGGGAUCACAAACUGGACGUCAUCAUCGGGCAGCGCCGCAACCACUCCUGGGGUGUGGUGGAAGUCUCCACCAAGAUAGGUCCAUCCACCAGGGUCCUUCACAGCCUGGUCUCCAAAAUCAGACUGUGUCCCCAGCUCAGCAGCCACUGCAUGAGACUGAGAGCAUUCAUCAUGGGCCUGUUGAACUUGAGAGCUUUGGAGUUCUGGCUUAGUCACCUUCAGAGUCAAAAAGAUGUGGUGACAACAUACUACCAUUCUUGGUUCCUGUCCAUGUCACUCGGUCGGUGUCAGCCCUUAUUCGAGGAGCUGCUACUUCUGCUUCAGCCACUCUCCGUGUUACCCUUUGACCUCAACCUGCUCCUGGAGCCUCGACUGCUACGCAACAGACAGCUGUGUUUGGAUGAGCAGGGUGUUUCUCCACCUCAGCCAUGCUCAGCUCUCUUAGUGACCAGCUGGCCAUUACUGCAGGCUGACAGACAGGUAGAGAACAGCCGCAGUGUUCAGCAAACUAACAUUUCACACAAUUCAGAUCUGCAUCAACAGCAGCGCCUCAGUUCUCAGAAUCUGAGCUGCUUCAAACAGGACGGAGGAUCGAUUCAGACCAGCAGGAGUCCAUUGUUGGCACCUAUUCCAGAGUGGUGGCCCAAAGAGUCGGAUCUAUUGGACGGUGUAGCUGAAGGGGAGGACUGUAGCCAGAAUAAUGCAGACGAUUGGUCUCAAAUCAGUAUGGACAGCAGGCAGGAAGAGAGAAGGGGAGAGAGAGACAAUGAGACCCCAAAUGCAUCAGCUUCUGUCUAUGCUGAGAGUCCAUGUCAGGGUGGACUGCGCUGGGCCAAACUAUUUGGAGCAGCUGACACUUCCACCCGGACAGAGUCGGUUCUUCAGAGUCAGGUUGGAGCACAAAACAGGUUCAAGCGACCAUCACAGUGGCUGCGUUUGGACAGGUCUCAGCUUGGAUUCCUGGCUCAGUCCAUCAGGUCACUGAAGCUAGGAGGAGCUCAGUCAAACAAAGACUCUUGAAACAAAGCUGUUGUGAGUGGCCAAUAGACUGUAAUGACAGCAUCUUAACUGCAUGAAAACCAUACACAGUGCUUUAUCACAUUGCUGAACUGACCAGAAAGCACAUGAAAUACAAGAUCAACAACUCUGGCCCUGAUUCAUCGAGCUGUGCAAUGCAACAGCUGUUUGCAAAACCAUUGAUACAUCUUUUCAGUCUUUUUUUUUGUCAUUUUAAAGAUACUUUUGGGGGAUUUUUGCCUUUAUUUGAAAAUAAAGCACCUGUAAGAUUAAGAGUGAGUGACAUACAAAGAUCAGAAUUGUACCCCAGCCUCAGUUCAUGGGUCACCUGGGUGAGAGACAUUGGGGCCCUUGUGUGUUCAGCCACUUCCAAUGUCGAAUUGGGUUGCACUCAAAACUUAGAGGAUGAGAUUUCAAGGAGACCAGCAUCUGUAGCAUCACAUGAGGUAGCAUUUCUGCUAAAGAUCAUUUUAAGAUCCAAUCAAACUAUCAAACUCAACUGAUAAUUCUUUGUAAAUCUUGGUCUUAUUUUUUUUGGUUUAUAUAUAAUGGAUGAUGUAUAGUGAACAAGUGGUUAUGUGAAUUUGAUGCCCAGAUAGGGUGAGCAUGACCCCGACAGGAUUCCUUGGUAAUGGCUCAUUUGUUAUAAAUCACAUUAAAUUGAACAUUUCCAUUGGAAGUAAAGUUAGACAAGGAGAACAGGACUUCUACAGGAAUAUUUAGGUUGACAUUUCUGUUUACAUUCAGCUUCUUCUUCUUGGGUCUCUGCAGUUGAAACACCUUUAAACAUAAAUGAUGCAAUGACACAACUUCUAACUCUGUUCAUUAAUGCUACCGCUUAUGCUUUAAGUGACUUUGAAGCAAUCAGCAACGCAGAGAUGCACACCAGCUCUACUUCCAGGUAAAGAUUAUGCUCCAUUGUCCCCAGCACUAACUGAUGGUAACUCACCUUAUUUUGACUCUUCAGACCAGCCUGAGACCAGAACUAAUGUUUUUGCCACCAAGUCAACAGCCAAAGGUAAAAUGAGUAUUAAUCCUUUCUGCAUAUUGAUUGGAUGAGACAUGAUCAGAUUUGAUAUCAGCAGGUUGUCCCUGGCUCUGCUUUUGUAGUUAAAAACUAUCAUUAAGGGGUUGUUGUGGGGUUUUAACUAAUCAGGAUCAAGUAUUUAACACAGCUGGGUAAAAAGUAGACAUCAACACAUACAAAUCUGUAUUAAAGGGUCUGUUACAAAGUUUAUAAUGACUGUAAAAAUUACGAUGGCUUAUCUUACACAGCUGGCUAUAGUUUGACAUUAGCAUAAUGUUGCUUACUUUGAUAACAGGCCUUCAUUAUAACUGGGUUUGUCCUUCUGCUGCAACCGGCACCUAGAGUGUCUUACUUCUGUUCUAAAAGUAUUCACUGAUUGUUUCAUCAGUAUUCUUUGUAUAUUGUGCUGAAACUCUGUAGUGGUGAGAUGAAGCUUCAUGAAUACAAUCAGAAGAGUUAUUAUUUCCUCAAUCCAUGCUGAGCUGUUCUCCAGGAUUUAGCUUGAUGAAUUAGGGCCAAGUUCCCUUCUUUGUAAUUGCACUCUCUGGAAUAACCGAAAGUAAGGUGCUUUUGUUACCUGCUACUCUCCUUUGUACUUCCUGUAGGUGAAUAUCAACCAUAUAAUGUGACCUGCUGUUGACUGUUGGACAUUUCAUAUCUCAUAUGAAUAUCUUUGUAGCUGUACCUUUCAUGUUCAGACGAGAAAAAGAAGCAAUACAUAUUUAAUAGUGCCAAAUAUUCUGCACACCAGCCUUGUGGAUUGUCAGUGACAUUUUGUUUACUGUGACUUUCAGCAUGGAUUUUCUGUGGAUGCAUGAUGUAACAAAAAUACCGUAGUACUUCCUAGAUCUUGUGACUUCCUGUAAAUGUUUUUCUAGCAGUAGACUUGAGUUUGUAGAUUUUCUUGCUCUGAAACUUAAAAGUGUGUUGAAUCUUCGUUGAACUCAGUAGGAUGUCUUCCAGUGAGGUUUUGCAGUUGCACAAAUAUAAGCCAUCUGGUGGCUGUUUCAGGUAUUUCAGUGUGUGUCAGGUAUAUUUUGAUAGAGUGAUGUUUAGAUGACAAGGGAAAUGAAACACAAAAUUUGAUCUCUACAUUUGAGAUUUUGUAAUGUUCUGCAAAAAUGUGAAGUCUGUGAAAAUAUUCCACCCAGCAUCUUUUUCUCGUCCUCUAAACCCUUCCUCUAAUGUCCGGUGACAAUCAAAGUCGAUCAAUAAAGACUUCAUAUAUUAA